AUGGCACGCAUCGCGCUGGUAAUCCUCGGUCUUCUUUUCUUGGGUGUCAACGCGAGGUUGGACCUAAGUUAUCCGGUAAAUGCACAACUACCUCCGGUGGCACGAGUAUCGAAACCAUUCCAGUUCGUCUUCUCCCAAGGCACCUUUGGUGGAAGCGACUCGGAGACUACAUACGCCCUCUCCAAGGCCCCAUCAUGGCUUCAUGUGAACAGCAAAAGCCGGACUUUAUUCGGAACGCCGAACAAAGACGAUACUGGGACCGUGAAAUUCGGCCUGACGGCUUCAAAUGGACCGGUGCCCUCCGACGUCAUGGAGGUCACUCUCAUUGUAACGGCGGACGAUGGGCCACAACCUGGGAAGCCUCUGCUUCCACAGCUUGAAAAGCUCGGCCCUACCUCUGCGCCCUCCCGGUUCCUUCUACACUCAGGCGAUUCCUUUUCGAUCUCGUUUGACUCCGAUACAUUCUCCAACACACGCUCUUCAACUGUAUACUACGGAACGUCGCCAGAGAAUGCACCCUUGCCAUCCUGGGUCGUGUUUGAUGAGGCGGCGCUUAAGUUCACAGGGACUACCCCUAACGUUGGGCCCCAGACGUUCACGUUCAACCUGGUCGCCUCGGAUGUGGCUGGAUUCAGCGCCGCAACUAUGACUUUCGAGAUGACCGCCAGCCCACAUGUUCUCGCAUUCAAUCACAGUGCGCAGACUUUCUUUGUCACCAGGGGUAAGGAAUUUACGAGUCCGGAGUUCAUCGAAACCUUGGAGCUGGACGGCCAUGCGCUAGCUCCCGCCGAUCUAUCCAAGCUCGAUGUGGAUUUACCAGAUUGGCUCUCGUUGAACAAGAAAACCUUGUCUUUCCACGGAACCCCUCCCGCAGAUUCUACCGACCAGAAUGUGACGAUCACUGUCACAGACACCUAUCAGAAUAUGGCCACCAUGAUUGUUAGCCUGCAGCACUCCCAGUUCUUCCACAGCGAUUUGAAAGACUGUGACGCCGUUAUCGGAGAAUUUUUUGAAUUCACUUUCGAUCAAUCUGUGCUCACCAAUGACUCCGUUCAUGUCGACGUUGAGAUGGACCACCAAAAGCUCCCAUGGCUACAGUAUAACUCUGCCAACAAGACUCUGUAUGGCCAGGCCCCAUCCGACCUUAGCCCGAGCAAGGAUGCCAUUCGAGUGAUUGCUCGUGAAGGGACUGCCGAGGAUAGCCGGGAGCUCGCUAUCAAUACUGUCGUGGAAAAAACUUCGCGUGACGAAGACAGCGGCAGCGGUAUCCGCGGGAAAAAGGCUGGCAUAAUUGCUAUAUCGGUCGUGAUUCCCGUGGCGUUUGUGAUCAGCGUGGUGCUUCUCUUAUGCUGCUGGCGUCGCAGACGGACCGCAACGACCCCUGAGGAAGGACAUUUACCAGACGAGAAGGGCGGGCCAUUGUGUGAUCCGGACCUACCGCACUCCCAGCCUUUCGAAGGGACCGCCCAAGGCCAGCCUCCCGUAGUAGGAAGAGACUCACCGUCCUCGAAACCGCCGAAGUUGGAACUGGGGCCGCUGUGGAAUUCGGACUCUUUUGAUGACACUGCGCCGCUGCGAUACCGACCGGGCAAAGAAACCACACUUUCCGGCCCCACUAUCGAGUGGGAUUUCGCCCCUCUGAGGGAUCCAGAGCCAGAAGAUGGGAAACAGGCAGACGGCACCCACACCCAACCGAAACGCUUAUCCUUCCAAGGCAGCCCACCUAUGCGCGGGCGAACCAACACGAGUACCAGACGACGGGAACCGUUGAAGUCGAUUCAACCUCGGAGGUCGUUGAAGCGAAAUUCCGUCACGUCGUCCAAAUCGAAGAGACACUCUAGACGCUCUAGCGGAUUGUCCUCGGUCGCUUCGGGGCUACCCGUGAGGCUCAGCGGUGCAGGACAUGGUGCCGGUGGAUUCGGCCCACCCGGCCACGGGGUAGUCCGAAAAUCGUGGCAGAAUACGCACGAUUCGUUACAGAGUGACGAAAACGGCGUCGGGAACCUGGCCCCGUUGUUUCCACGACCGCCCCCUCGGGCGUGGGGUAACCUCGACUACCCAGCGCGCAUGAGCCUACGAACCGUGGAGCCGGAUAAUAUGACGAUCUCCGAGUCCGACUCGCUGGAGGCAUUCGUGCACGGCCGAGCCAAAAGCCGAAACGCCUCGAAUCCCAUGUUUUCCGGCCAGGUCAGCCGUACAAACUCGUCAGGUAUCCGCGCCCUAGAGAGAGCUCGCAGCAACGCCAGCCACACAGAUACCCUUGCCAGCUCCAUCUACACCGACGACCAUCGACGAUCCGUCCACGACCGGCCAUGGUCCACCGCAAUGUCGGCAUCCAUCUACACCGACGACCACCGGCAGUCGACCUACCUACAGGCCCUAUCGGAGGAGUCGCCCGUCAUCCGACCUUUAGGCCCAGUCCCGACAGAGCAGAGCCAGUCGAGUCUCGCCCAGAACUACUCCAAAAUGAUCGCGCCGCUUCCGCGGUUCCUAAGCCAGUUGAGUCUAGGCAGUGCCCGGCCUAGAGACACCCUCCGCGGGACCGACGACCCCAUGAACCCGUUCUCUCGCGACAGCUGGUAUUGGGAUAGUUCUCAUGUGCAGAGAUCUACGGGUGAGAUGGGGUCGCAGCGGAUGCGAAAGAGCCCCUCGGACUCGUCGAUCCCGUUUGAUAGACGGCUGUCUCGGGCGAGUAUGAUGCAGUUGGCGGGGAGGGAUCUGAGCGAGCGGCGCGGGAUGCAGCGCGACUUGACGGGGGGGAGUCGGGGUGAUAUCGCGUUUGUCUGA